CAAGUGGGGCAGUGUUAAGUAUCAUAAGCAGAAGGUCAUCAGAGUUCAACUACAACCGCUACCUGGCAUGUUCCUUGUGGUCAUUCUACCAUUCCAUCAACCCACAAUCUCAAAGACUUCAAAGUUCCAACCUAACUUCUCACAAACAUACUCCCAAAUUCCCAAUGCACUUGUCAUGACCAACCCAUUGCCAUUAUACUAAAGCUUUAUUUUAGUUAGCACAUUUCCAAUGAACCUAUUAUAACUACCCCCACAAACUCUUAGAAACAAGACAGAGAACUUAGUGUUCGAUUCUCCCCCCGCCUUUGUAAGAACAAUGUCCAUAAUAGCAGAAGCACCUGGUUUCCUUCAAGUCUUUUCUGAUGGGUCUGUAAAACGCUUUGAUCCUGAGAUUGUCCCGGCCUCAACCGAAUCAAUUAAUGGACACAAGUUCAAGGAUGUGAUCAUUGACUCAUCAAAGCCAAUUACUGGAAGGUUAUUUCUUCCUAGUACUCCUACUCAGGGGUUCUCAAGUAAGCUUCCUGUUGUGGUUUAUUUCCACGGUGGUGGCUUUUGCAUUGGCUCGACUACAUGGCUUGGCUACCAUCAUUUCCUGGGAGAUUUCUCUGUGGCAUCACAAUCCAUUGUUCUCUCUGUUGACUAUCGUUUAGCUCCAGAAAAUCGUCUCCCUAUAGCAUAUGAAGAUUGUUAUAGCUCACUAGAUUGGCUUAGUCACCAAGUAAGGUCUGAACCAUGGCUUGAGCAAGCUGAUCUUUCACGUGUGUUUCUCUCUGGCGACAGUGCUGGAGGGAACAUUGCACACCAUCUUGCCAUCAAAGCAAUUCAGAACAAAACUUGUAAUGUAAAAAUCAAGGGAUUGUUGUUGAUACAUCCUUAUUUUGGGAGUGAGAAGAGGACUGAGAAUGAGAUGGCUGAAGGAGAAGCAGGGAAUGUGGCAAGCAAUGACAUGUUCUGGGGACUAAGUAUACCAGAAGGAUCAAAUCGUGAUUACUUUGGCUGUAAUUUUGAUAAGGCAGAAUUGUCUGCAUCUGAAUGGUAUCAAUUUCCUAGGGUGGUGGUUUUUGUGGCUGGCUUGGACUUCUUGAAGGAAAGGGGAGUUACGUAUGCAGAAUUUUUGAGGAAGAAAGGGGUUGAAGUGGUGAGGCUGGUGGAGACUGAGGGAGAGCCGCAUGUGUUUCAUGUUUUUCAUCCUAAAUCUGAGGCGACUCGCUUGCUCCAACAACAAAUGGAUGAGUUCCUGAAGAGCUAUUAAGUAUUAACAUCCAAUAUGCACAUUCGAAAUAUUUUUUUCUUAUUGGAAUUUAGUAAUCAUAAGGACUAUGGACUAUGGAAUUUUAAAUAAAUGAAAAAUGCUAUUAGUGAAAUUUAUGGAAUGAGAAUUUUUAU